CACAGAUCUAAGCAAUCCAUCUCUGGACGGACUACUGACAUUUCCUUGCCACAAAAACAGUCUGUCGUAAAUUUCCGUCCAAAAUUAACCAGAUCCUCGUAAAUAACCGGGUUCAGAUUGCCGGUACUGCACAGAUUCAUGGGUUCCGUGAUCAGUUCCCUGCAGCGUCCCAACUUCUUCGUUGCCAUGGACAGUCCCCAGGGCAACUUCGUCCGCGACAUGAUCCAGACCAACAAGGUGGUCAUAUUCAGUAAGAGCUACUGUCCGUACUGCAGCAUGGCCAAGGAGCAGUUCCGGAAGCUGGAGGUGAAGGCCUUCGUGGUGGAACUGGAUCAUCGGGAUGACGGCAACGAGAUCCAGGCUGUGCUCGGCGAGAUGACCGGGGCGAGGACGGUGCCCAGGUGCUUCAUAGACGGCAAGUUCGUCGGCGGCGGCACGGAUGUGAAGCGCCUCUACGAGCAGGGCAUCCUCCACAAGUACUUCCAGUGAGCCAUUUCCAUUUCCCAUUUGCAUUCACUUGGAUAGGGGAAAUAUAAAAGACCCGCGUUGGCAUCUUGAAAAAAAUUGUUUAUUGCUAAAGGGAAGGCAUAUUCUCUAUCCAUCAUAUCCCCCAUGUCUCUCAAAGGCAUUACGUUUGUAUUCCUUAAUGCCUGUUGUCCUCGCAAAAAGGACAAUGAUGAGAACGCAGUACACGACGUUGCCUUUUAUCUGCUCAAUAUGGCGCUUAAGUUCUUUCCAUCUGAGGAACAGUUGGGAGGCGGAGGAAAACAAUUAAGGAGAGAAUCCUGCCGGCUUUCUUUUCACCUGCUCAUCUGCAGUCAAUAGUCCUUCGUCGGGACCUCCUCCUGUUCUUCGCCAGUAACCCGCUUCCAAGCCAUUUGCAUAUGAAAAAUUGUCAACGUCAUGGGGUCAAGGCGCUCAUGGAUUAAAAAUGCAAGAUAACAGCUCACAAAGGGCAGUCACGAGCCACACAGGAUGCAUCCAUAUAUAGUCCUGCCUGUAAUCCCAGUCGUGUGUGUAUUUUCACUCAGAAACUAGCUGGAGAAGCAGAGACAAUUGAAAGGUUCAAUUGAUUGAAAGCCUCCGCUCCGCUCCCAAAUUGCUUGUAAUUUGUUUGGCA